UCUCAAUGGCCUAUCUACCCGUGUCCUCCGUGUGUACGAGGACCUGGGUGAAUACCUAUGAUUGUGUAUCCAGUAUCCGAAUCCCUCCAUACGAAGGGCGUCCAAUCAAGGCUGGGACGUCAUUACAUGCCUUGCGCUCUUUCAAUACCACCUAAGGCGCUUCGGAAGUAACCUUGGUUUCCUCUGGUACAAUGCGAAGUUCGUCCUUCUCCAACGCUGAAGGGCUGCUAGAGAGAGAUGCGCGAGUCGAUAUCUCCUUGAUCAAGUGAAAGUAACAGAGCAGUCUAACUAAAGCGCGACGAUGGACACGUUUGUCUUGACACCACGGCUGAAAUUGAUUCUGGUGACAACGGCCGAACGAGGAAGUUUGGAGUUCGAGUGGUUGCAUCAGCUGCACAGCAACGAAAAGGCGACGUGGUGGAGCAUCUAUGGCAGGGCGAAGUCGAUUGAGGACACGGAGAAAGUCUCUAUGCGCUAUCUACCUACGAAAGAAGCAGAAGCAGGGCAACCAAAGACGUACCGGGCUGUCUAUACUGUGCACAGGAUGCUUGACCCGUUGGCCUCCUCUGGUGAGACCGAACCGCAAGCCGCAAGGGGCGAUGGGAUUUCAUCAGAAUUCAUUGGCCUCAUAACUCUGAAGUCGUUGGAUCCCGAUGGUCUUGUGUUGCCAGAGGAGCUCACCCUACCGGCCGCGGCUGCGUCCACGACACUGACCGUCGAACUGGCGUACAUGUUUUUACCGACAGCAUGGGGCCAAGGAUACGCAACCGAGUCACUGGGGGCAGUGUUUGAGUCCUGCAAGAGGGCGCGAUCAUUCUGGACACCUUUCUCGAAACUUUAUGUUAGGGCAAUCGUGAAUGAGGACAAUCCAGCCAGCAUGCGAGUGAUGGACAAGACUCGGAUGACGAAACGUGGCGUUCACACUCUGACCGGGAGAACUGUUUUCCUUGCUGGCGAAUGGCGAGAUCGGCAUAGUCUCCAUAUUUUUGGGAUGCAUCUCAUAGAGUGACUGCUGGAGAGUUGAGGAUUUGGACGAGUCAGCGGUGAUGUCGCUCGACACGAGACGGUACCGAGUACAGCUCCCUAAAUUGAGUUGUAUUUGUGCUGGAUGAUGUCUUGUCUCUAGAGCAGAGUGGCAGGGUUCUACUCGUGAAAAAUGUGGACUUAGAUACAACCUACUCCAAACAUAUUGGGUAGCAAGCGAGCAGAUAAUUAGCAA